AUAAUAGAAGGUCUCCACUGUCACUUUUUCUGGGGCCUCGUCCCUUGAUAUAUCAAUCAUGAGCCAGUCUGCCAGAGGCCUUGGGCCUCAUCAACCUCUAUUCCAUACGUUCUUUUUCUUCUCUUCCGACAGGGCCCACUCCAGAUCGACAUCGCCUUUUCUUUCAUCGCUGUCACGAACCUUGCUCUGUUUCCUUUUCUCCUUCUCAUCGCCUUCACGGAGCCUUUUCACACAUAUACACAACAAUGGCUCAACCAAAUGAAAAGACGUACAACGGCGCUGACGCUCCUAUGCAGCAACCGAUGGGCGCUCCCCACCAGCACAACGGUGGAGCCGCUGCUGUAGCAUAUCCACAGAACCACAACCAUGGUUCCCGCGGCGCCAACGGUGCAUGGUCUUUCGGUCUUUUUGACUGCUUCUCGCCCUUUGGAACAUGCUGUCUUUCAUGCUGGUGCCCAUGUAUUCUCUAUGGCAAGAAUCAAGACAUCGAACGUGGUGACCCCGACUCCAGCGGCUGCAAUGGCUCGUGCCUUGCCUGGUAUUGUCUUUCGUGCUUUGGCGUCUCAUGCAUCCUCCAAUGCAUCAACCGAACGUCGCUCCGAGAAAAGUACGGCAUCGAGGGUGGCAGCUGCGGCGAUUUCUGCACCUCGUGCUGCUGCACUUGCUGCGCCUUGAUCCAGGAGAACAAAGAGGUCAAGGUCAGAACGACUGGGAUCGACCCCACCACAGAAAAGCCCUAUGCCAGCCCGAGCCAGAUGGCUUAUCCUUGAGUACUGGGAAGCUUCUACGAGGUGCGGUGGAGAGGUUGACGAGGGAUUGUGCAAUACGCACGAUGUUCCCUUUUAGCUGUUUAUGCCAGAAAGCAACCUCCUUCACAUUGUUUUCUGAUACCCAGCGGAGUGCAUGCUUGUGGCCUAGGAUGAAAUUGAAUUCCUUUGGGUCUUACA